AUGUUCUCACGCUGCGUCCUCCAAUCCACGGCAAAAUCGUCGCUGAUUCAGGCACCCUUUCUGCAAACCCGCAUUUCAGCGCUGUCUUCUGUUACCGCACAUCGAUGCCAGAACUCUAUUCCAAGCCCCCGGGUUGAUGGUCGGCGAUACAUUUCAGCCUACGGGUAUACGCAAGCCAAAGCGCUCGUUUAUUCUCGAUAUGGAGAGCCGAAAGAUGUUUUACAGCUUCACAAGCAUUCGAUUUCCGCGCCCAAUGGAACGCAAGUUAACCUCCGUCUUAUCGCGGCUCCUUUGAACCCCGCCGAUGUGAACCAAAUUCAGGGCGUAUACCCAAGCAAGCCUCCCUUCCAGACGACGCUCGGCACACUGGAGCCAUCCGCUAUUGGCGGAAACGAGGGCGCGUUCGAGAUCAUUGGAACUGGAUCUGAGGUCAAGCGGCUUUCAAAAGGCGAUUGGGUUAUCAUGAAGCGUACGGGACAAGGUACCUGGCGCACACAUGCCCAGAUGGACGAGUCACAACUGAUCAAAAUCGAGGACCAAACGGGCCUAAGUCCGUUGCAAGUCAGCACCGUGAGCGUAAAUCCCGUUACCGCAUAUCGGAUGAUUAAGGACUUUUGUGAUUGGGACUGGAUGCGCGCUGGAGAGGAAUGGCUUGUACAAAAUGGCGCAAACAGUGGCGUGGGGCGUGCUGCUAUCCAACUUGGAAGAGAAUGGGGUAUCAAGACACUCAAUGUUGUUCGUGAGAGGCAGACACCAGAAGAAACAGAGGCUUUAAAGCAGGAAUUAAAAGACUUAGGAGCCACCGCAGUGGUCACCGAGGCCGAGCUGCUGUCUGGAGAAUUCAGGAACAUUGUCAAGGAGCUUACUCGACAAGGGAAGGAGCCCAUCCGGUUGGCUCUGAACUGUGUCGGUGGUAAAAAUGCUACAGCUCUGGCGAAGGUCCUGGCGCCAGGGUCCCAUAUGGUUACAUACGGGGCUAUGUCGAAACAACCUGUUGCCCUGCCCUCUGGACUUUUGAUAUUCAAAAACCUGGCAUUUGAUGGUUUCUGGGUGAGUAAAUGGGGAGAUAAAAACCCACAUCUCAAAGAGAACACGAUCAAGGAUAUCCUGCAAUUGACUAGAGCCGGAAAAUUUAAGGAUAUUCCUGUGGAAGAAGCUAAAUGGAGUUGGGACACCGAAGCCCCCGAGCUUGCAGCGGCUGUGCAGGGAACUCUCAGUGGAUACAGGGGCGGAAAGGGCCUGCUCAAAUUUGAAGGCGACGACUAA